AUGAAUCCCCUUUUUUUCACACAAAGAGAAAGUGCUAGUCGCAAAGUUGGUUUCUCUGGAAUACAAAAGUGUACUGCAGCAAUUAGGCAACUAGCGUAUGGCACAGGGAGUGAUGCGUGGGAUGAAUAUUUAAGGAUGUCGUCUAGAAUGUGUCGUGAUUCUCUUGAAAAUUUAUGUGAAGGUGUUAUCUUUCUGUACGGGAGGCAAUAUUUGAGGAUGCCAACCGCUGCCGACGUUCCACUUUUAUACGAGGCCCAUCAGCGGAUACACGGGUUUCCUGGGAUGUUGCAUGAUGUUGCACCAGAUACUUCAUUCUAUGCAAACGACGUGGAGUAUAAGUACGGGUACUAUCUCACAGACGGUAUUUAUCUGGAGUGGGCGACGUUAGUGAAAACUCUUUUGUGUCCAGAUGACGAAAAAAGAAUGCAUUUAAAGAAAAACAAGAGUCAGCAAGAAAAGAUAUCGAGCGGGCUUUCAGUGUGUUAA